AUGACUCAGAUCAAAGAUGUGGAAGCCGAGUUGGUCUUUUGCAAGAGACUUAAGUGCCAGAAUCUGGAGGUAGACUUCACCAAAGCCAAGCCCGAGGUGUGUCUGGAAUCAUUGAAAAAACUCAACGAGAGUCGGACUGUGCUGGUGAAGGACCUUCGGGGUCAGGAGAAGCUGUUUAGUCUGGAACAGAAUGGGUUUCAGUAUGUGUGGAACGACAUGCCCGAGCUCGAGGGUGCGGCAGAGCCGAGCCAUGUGGAGACUGUAAUUAUACCCAGGACGGAGGCCCUUGUACGGCAGCUAACUGGCGCCACGAGAACUGUCUCUUUCACCCAUCGAGUGCGAUGCUUCAGUGUCGAUGAGGGCUUGCUUGCGAAUAACCGCGCCCCUGCGCAUAGCGUGCAUUCCGACUUUACGCCUGCGGGUGCGCUGCGCAACCUGGAGUCGGUGAUCCCGGACGCAGACGAAAGGGAGCAGCUGUUGCAGCGUCGGGUCAUGGCCAUCAAUGUCUGGCGACCCUUGAAGACGGUUCAGCGAGACCCUCUCGCCGUGUGUGACUGGACCACGCUGGACUGGCGGAAUGACCGCAUCGCGAACCGCCUCGUGCUGCCAACCGGGUGGAAUGAGCUGGGCAAGUAUGCGUUCAAUGCGAGUCAACAAUGGUAUUAUCUUGCGCAGCAGCAGCCACAGGAAGCAUUGAUCUUCACGCAAUUCGACAGCGAGCAGGCGGAUGAAGGAAGCAUGACGCUGCCUCACACGGCGUUUGUGGUGCCGAAUUCGGAGACGCUGGCAGCAAGGGAGAGCAUCGAGAUCAAGAUGUUUGCCUUCUUCUGA